AUGACCACCACCACCCCAACCAUCCACAACCACACCACCCCAACCAUCCACAUCCACGACCACACCACCCCAACCAUCCACGACCACACCACCCCAACCAUCCACGACCACCACCAACCAUCCAUGACCACACCACCCGAACCAUCCACCCACAACACACCACCCCAACCAUCCAUGACCACACCACCCCAACCAUCCACGACCACACCACCAACCAUCCACCCAUUUCACACCACCCCAACCAUCCACGACCACCACCACCCCAACCAUCCACCACCACACCACCCCAACCAUCCACCCACCACCCCAACCAUCCACAACCACACCACCCCAACCAUCCACGACCACACCACCCCAACCAUCCACGACCACACCACCCAACCAUCCACCCCAACCAUCCACCACCACCACCUCCACCACCCAAACCAUCUACGACCACCAACACAGUCCCCCAAGUUCCCAGUGCAAGUUAUAUUCAGCUGGGUGUCUAUUCGUGUGUUAUCGUCCUGUAGAUAG